AUGGAUCAAUAUUACAUGAACACCACGUUGAAGGAAGAUGAGAGCAUGAUUCCACUCCAACCCGAACGUGAUCACCGAACUAGAAGAGACAACUUUUCGUCUUCUUCGAAUUUGGAUGCCGGUGCCAUGGCGUCAAACAGCUUAUCUGAAUUGCUUGGAAUCUCUGAGGAGUUGGAAGAAGAAAUGAUCCAGUUUGUCAAAAGCCAGCGGAUUCGAGAAUGGGCCCGACAAUUUCGCCGCUCAGAUCCUAGAUAUCAAAUCUUAAACUUUUUCAAUGAUGUAGCGCAAGAAGGAGCCAAAAAUAUGGAUCAAAUGGGUGCAAAUACGCACCUGGUUAGUCCAUUACUGCGAGCCUUUUACAAGUCUUCGGUGUUCACAGUUUGGAGGCCUACUAGUUAUGAUGCGAUACGAAGGAUGAUGCUUGGGGAAGGUGUAGGGAAAGGAUUGGACAUUAAGGGAAAGUCAGCGAAGAAGGGCCGUUUAUCUGGAUUUGUACCAUUUCUUCAAAUUCAUCAAGAAGAACACAAGAAACAAAUUCGUACCCUACCAAAAGACGGAAAGAUUCGCGUUUUCUAUAACUCAAAGCCAAAUCGUGAAAAAGUUGUAGCUUUCCUUCAAGGCGUACGAGUCGAAAUGGUGGAUACUGUAAAGAAGGCCAAGGAAAUUGUCGAAGACGACUCGAUUGAGGACGACGAAACAAAUGAAUGGGCAUUGAGCAAGCUGAUAUGGGAUAUGACCGAUAGUACGAUCAAUCUUAUAGAUGAUUACGCACCAAAGGUCUUUGGAAUUGAAGUCGCAGAGCGUCUCUUUUGGGAAGGUCUCGUCGUUCGACAAGACAUUCGUCGAGAAACCGGAAGUGUGGAUGACACUGGGCGGCCAUCAGAACCAAACUUUCAAAAUAUGAACUUUGGUGCAUUGCGACCUCACGGAGAUGCAGACAAGCCUACACCGCAAGCCGUUAUCCUUCUAUACAAUGAUCCUCUUGACGAUAACCAGGAUCCAUUGGAUCCACGGGACUUUCUUAUGGCCUACGAAGAACCCAGUCGCGUCAUGCCGGUGGUGAGUGACUUUGACUGUUUUAUUGUCGGAACAAGAGGGGUCAAAUACGAUGCUCCGUUGCCCAGUGAUCAACUAGAGGUGUCCAAGUGGUGCAUUUCACAAAUUGAAUCCAUUUUGGAGAGUGAAAAGACUAGUAGCUCCUGGACCAGUCGGUGGCUCGAUGUCCUCAAGACCGCGGCUUCGAAAGGUUUCCAUCCUACCAUUCCUCCCCUUGGUUUCAGUGACCCCAAAAGUCAUUCCAUUAUGAAACAUGCGAUUCAUAGAUUACAAAAAGAAGGCGCAGUUCGACAUGGUGCAGAGUGUUUCAAUUACUACUUCCCGCAAGAGUUGGACGAGGAGUUCUUAGUCAUCUCAGAUCGUUUGGCGGGCCAAUCACUGCCUUGGAAGUAUGUGGACCAGACUGGACUGCAAGAAAUUUUGAAAGAAAAAAUAGACCAGGGAUACACAUUCCCAAUCAAUCCCAAGUGGAUUCUAUGUGAUCCUGGUUGGAAGGAUGUUUUUGAUCAAUUGCGCGCAAGCAAUGCCUCUUACGUUCAAGAUUCAAUCAAAGUCUGGUACCCUCCAGGAUCUGGAUUAUUGGACAAGAUAGAAGACAUCAACAAGCGCUUCCCGGAUGGGUUCCAACGAAAGACUGGAGGCACCGACGAUUCCAAAGAAGAAGAAACAGAGGGAACAGCGGCUAUGGAUCUUGCCGAAUUGGAACUCAAAUACUUCUUGACGCUGCAAAGAGCGAAGCGAAAACUUCGAGGCUUCCUCAUUUGGAGACGACUCCUAGACGACCGACGGAAAAGGGUCAGAGAUCCAGAGAAACUACGAGAGAGCUUACGUGCCGCAGAAACAGCAAACAACUAA